AUGCCCAUCUUCCAAGCCGAUCUCAGCUGUAGCAGCGACACUGUCCAUCACCCGUCUCAACCCGAACCUGGCCCCGAGACGACUCCAGAGGCCAUUACCAUACCGCAUGCCGCUUCCAAGAGCAGAAGGCUCUCCGAGGAGAGUUUGCGAACCGAGCUAUGCGAGGGCCCAGUCCUCGAAAGCCCCAGGGAGUCACCGUUCCACACACCUGCCGACGAUUCCACCGCCACAGCCAACAGGGCUGAGUUGAUUGAAAGGCUAAAGAGGGGACAAAGCCCGACAUGGAUCCCUAACCGCCAUGUACGACACUUCCUACCUACAGAUACAAGCAUCACAGCGUUCGUUAACCAGAAGCGUGAUCAGGUCAUUUUCCAGCAGGACAGACCAGUCAGCCCACCUACGAGACCGCCGAGAACGCCUUCAAGAUCCUCCAACCUACUCCCGGCGGCGAAGAUUACUCCAGAGAAGGACGAGAACUCCACGGCAGCAGAUGUCAACCUACGUAAUGGGCUGAGCAUCGAACGGCCAGGAUCGGCUCUCCACAGCGGCGACUUCACGCACGACACUUCGCCAGAGACGAAGCGAGAGGAUCGAGUGCAGAAGGCCCGAGUACAGUCAGAAAUCCCACCCCAAAAUGACUGGCUGGCUGCAUCUCCCCCAAGGGAUUAUACACCCUUCCAGUUCGAUGAGAGGAGGACUUUUCUACAGAGAGACACGCCCUUAUCCGCAACCUUCGCCACGUCCCCGGUAGUUCUGUCUCCGUCCUUCUCCUCUAGCUUUGCCUAUCAGCCGCCCACAAGUCCACUGGUGCAGUCCGAGAGCAAUGACGAGCUGGACCUUUCUGACCCCUUGGGAGGCAUCGACUUUGCGUCGGGCAGAUAUGCCUCGAGACGACACACUCUGUACUCCAACUUCUCAUCUCCCUAUGCUUCUCCAUCUCCCCGAGGGCCGUCUUCUUUUGCAGGAAGGAUGGCCUUCCAUCGCCGUGAAGGCUCACUACCAUACCAAGCACAUCAACCCCGAAGGUCGCUUACGUCUAGCUCGAGCUUCAAGCACUCGGCAACAUCACCUCCAACCCCAGCCAUGCUGCGACGCAUGUUUUUCGGCUCGGAUUCGUCCCCGAUCCAGCAGCAUGCGUCCAUGGUCGGGUCGUAUGAGGAGAGUAUUCUGCGCGGGCGCAUGUCUACGACACCCUCAAAACCGCUCGACUUCCUCGCCCAGAUCGGCGUUCUCGGCAUGGGCAAGUGCAAGCCUAGCUUAAAAUGCCCAGCUCAUGUGACGCUUCCAUUCCCUGCUGUGUAUUAUAGCUACAGCACCACGCCCCAUGGCCGCUCCAGCAGCGAAGACGGCCCCAGUCCCUAUGUUGGCCAGAUAGAUUUGGAAAACGGCCUGCCAAAUGUGUCUGACGAAUCUCGGUCGAGAAGAAAGGCCCACAGCAGGAUUGCUGAUCGUAAAUCAGUCGAAGGGGCCGGCGACUCCGUAACGGCGGGACAGGCCAUGGAUGUUGAAACCCGGCAAGUUCCAAGACCCAAACGCCGAUCAGCCUCCCCAAGAGCCCCCCCUGGGGGCAGUUACAGGAUCCCGGAAAAGGGCCAGAUCCAGAUUGUGAUAAAAAACCAGAACAAAACGGCGGUGAAGCUCUUCCUUGUCCCGUACGACUUGGAGGGCAUGGAACCGGGGACCAAGACGUUCAUCCGGCAGAGGAGUUACUCUGGAGGGCCCAUCAUAGACGGCGUUCCCAACCAUGGAGGCGCUGGCUCAGUGGAGAGACCAACCCUUCGGUACCUGGUGCAUCUGCAUAUUUGCUGUCCCGCCAAGGGCCGAUUCUACCUCUACAAGAGCAUUCGUCUCGUCUUUGCCAACCGCGUUCCCGACGGCAAGGAGAAAUUAAGAAAUGAAACCACAUGGCCAGAGCCGCGUUUCAGCCCCUACAAGCCAAUCAGAGUGAUGCACCCACCGCUCUCAACCUCCAGCGGGCCGGGAGCCAUGCUCGCCGCCGAAAAGGCAUUCAGGAGGCGGAGCUCAGGGUUCACCAUGGGGGCCCCGCCCCUAUCUCUCGACAUGGCGGAUGGCAUGUUCACCCGCUCCUCCAUGGGCGCCUCGUCAGGCCUCGGCAUCAGCAACGUCCUCCCCCUCGAGCCCAUCCCGCUCCGUCUCCCUGGGGGUGGGAGGGAUCGUCCCGGCAGCGAGGUCAGCGAGAGCGCGGCGGCCGAGUUCCGGUCGCCGCAGUCCUCCCAGGCCAGCCGCCCGUCCACCAAGGACUCGUCCGGCGCUGAUUCAUGGGGCGUGGCAUCGUCGCCCUACACGAAACUCAGCAAGGGCGACAUCGGCUACGGCGGGAACUUCUUCAGCCCGCCUGGGCCACGACCCGCAGGUGGCGGCUCCGAGAGUCUUCUUUCCCAACGCCUGCGGUCUCUGGGUGUCAAGCCCGGCGAGGCAGAGCUGCUGUUUGACCAUGAUGUGUAG